AUGCCGUCUUCAUCAAUCGAAGCUCCAGCAGCAAACGAUUACCAAGAUUGCAGAGAGCAACAACAGACAGGAAACAUCGGGAAAGGUCGGCGUAUGUUCAGUGAUUACAGAACAGAACCCAACAAUGAACACCUUUACUGUAACAUACAAUCAAUCAAUCAACCGUCUUCACCUGCCACCGAAACCCAAGCAGCAAACCAAACCUCCCAAGAUGACAGAGGAGGGAAACAACCAACAGGAAAUAGUAAGACGAUGGGUCGGCGUGUGUCAUCUGCUAUGAUAGCUGUUUUGGCCUUAGCCUUCCUGGCCAUGGUUGCUUCGUUGAUAGCAUUGAAGUGGGAACUCGUAAAGUCAAGUGGAACAAACGGUAAUGUGUUAGAUAGAUAUGGAAUAAGUAACCGUAGAAGGCCUAAAGCCGUUCGAAAUCGGAGUCUCUGUUUGGCUAAUUUUUGAUAUUAUAUACAAAAUGGUGUCCCAAAUACUGUAUUAAUAGUUUUAGGUGCGAAUUCUCUUCACCUUGAAAUAUUUUGAGGAGUCCUCCAGGGGCCGCCAUUGGUGAAUGAAAGAGUUCACUUAAAAUUGAAGAAUUAAUAGUCUCAGCCUUUACUCAGUAAAAGGAUCGUUUCGGUGAGUAAAAGCUAGUGAAAUAUGGAAUUAUGUUUUUCCGUCUAUAAUUAGUCCAAUUAUCUGGGGCUGACUUAAACACAUGGUCUGAAACGAGACUUAGCGUGGGUUGAAAAAGGCAUUUGAUAUGGCUCUUUUUGGUUUAAAUUGUGCUCAAAUGGCUCCAGGAGAGGCUGAAUCGGCAGACUUGGGCCUGCGUGGGUGAAUUGGUACUUUGGGGCUGAAACAGAUCUUUUUUUUUUGUUGUUGAUUAACAGUGUUUUCAAGACAUUAAUUAAGGUAAAAUAAUAUAUAUUUUAAAACCGUUGUUCUAGAUUGAUCCGAUCAUCUUGCAGUUUAUUUUAUUGCACACAGAGAAGAGUUUUGGCCAUCGUCCCUUUUCAAAACAAAAUUCCGCACGUUUAAUCAAUCAAUUCAUUCAUUCAUUUACUCAUCAGUUAAUUAACAUACUGAUAUCUAGUUCUUUCUGGAAUAGAUAGAUAGAUAGAUAGAUAGAUAUAUAGAUAGAUAGAUAGAUAGAUAGAUAGAUAGAUAGAUAGAUAGAUAGAUAGAUAGAUAGAUAGAUAGAUAGAUAGAUAGAUAGAUAGAUAGAUAGAUAUUCUGUUUAUUUCACCCACUUCAGCUGCCACUUGCAGCAAUAACUGAAUUGUUGGGGAAGGUCAUUGUCACAUGCAAUGAUAUAUUGAUAUCAUUUCCCGGCGGGAGGUUCUACUGGGAAUUCUUGGUUGGGGUGUGCGGUCUGUUUCCUCAAAUCCCGACCCUACUUCAGACCAAAAAAUGUAAUUUUCCACACCAGUUUUCAGACCAGACCUCUAAAAUCCAUACCCGUUUUCAGACCUGGGCUUUAGGCAGAAAUUAUGUUAUCAUUACUUACAUUAGAGCGGAAACAAAAAAAUUCUUCAAAUUCAUUUGGAAUUCGCAUAUUUUUCUCUUUCUUUCUUACUCAUUUGAAAUGGAAACGAUUAAUUUUUCAUACAUUCCCGUAGUUCAGACCAAAAAAGCGCAAAAACCCUACCCGAUGGGGCGGCACAUACCUAUUUGGCUUAUAUAAGGGAGUGGCCCCCCCGCAAUAGAAGAAAUUCACGUUAUAGUCAUUACUUUGGUUUACUUGGAGUACAAAAAAAUUCAUCCAGCAAAUCAAAUAAAUCAUGCAGGUGAUACUCUUCAGGCUGACUCAGACGAAAUUAUAUACCAUGUUUAGGACAGAGAGGUCAAAAACCAUGCCCUGACCAGCGGCACAUCCCUGUACAGGCCAUAUAAAGGAGUACCCCCUGGGUAUCAUUUAUGAGUUGGGUGAUAUUUGAACCCGCCUAUCAUUAUCUCUGUGACUACUCGCUGAAACAACGCAGAUCGGACCUUCCCUUUAUUGUAGUUAUGAGCACUUAUCAAGUCGCGUCUUAUUAACUUUGGAGUUGUUUCAAGAACUCACGUUACCUUUCUACGGUUUUUGAAUAGUCCGAAGGGGGUUAGUGCCAGUACUGUUUCAGAAUCAAAGAAUAUUCAUCCAUAUACUUUCACGAUGUUGCCACCCUAUAUUGGGCAUAGGCCUAUAAAGUGACGUCAAUAAGGCAGUCCACUGCCAGAAAAAGGCCAGGUAACCGAAAAGCCUGGGGCGAAGUUGUGUUAGUUCAGCUGUUUUGGUAGAAAAUCCUUCAACAACAACGACCGAGACCAGGUUUUAGGAGCCCGCGAGACUGAGCACCCCACCCAAACCUUUGCUUUAACUAAAACCGCUGGACGUGACAUCCUGGUCACCCGAUUCAGGUCGUUGUUAUCUAAGGUCUUUCGUUCUGGUAGCGCUGUUGAAAAUGGCGGAAAUUUUCACACGUUUUGCGAAAUUAAAAAGAAACUGCCGAACUUCUGCCUGACAUUUUAAAAAACAGCAAAAUACAAAUCUACUGAUGACAACUGCUUUCUGAAGAAUAUCUGCUGAUUAAGCUACGGCAAUCCCGUUUAACAUCGGUAGCCACUGUUUUCAAAGGAUCUGGAAAUCAAGGACAAAAGUGGUGCCAGUGGUUGUAGGUGCAUUGGGUUCAGUGUCAAAGAAGCUGGCAGGCCACUUGGAGCAACUAGGAAUUAAAAACCGAACAAGAACGAUGCAAAAGUCGGCACUCCUCGGAUCGGCACAUAUCCUCAGAAAGGUGCUGGAAGUCUGAGGUCUCGGGAUGAGACUUGACUGGAUAUUUCUCCCCAGGGAAAAUCCCUGUGCUAAAUUUUACAUAAUAAUAAUAAUAAUAAUAAUAAUAAUAGGCUUUGUUUACCCUCGGCAGUACUUAUAGCACUAAUGCUAGUGGGGCAGAGAAAAUGCCUGAAACAGAUCAUUCUAAUGAAACUUAACAAAUUUAAGGGCCUGUUUACAUGGAGGUGGGGGACUCUAGGUAGGCGAGGUAACCUGCUUAGGUGGAGUAACCCGCCUGUCCAUAUAAACUCUCAUUUAAAUUCGAUCACGUUUACAUGACAGUUGAGGUAACCCGCUUAGGUAGGGUAACCCGCCUGUCCAUAUAAUCUCUCAUUUUAAUUUGAUCACGUUUACAUGAUAGGUGGAGUGUUCCGCCACAUGUUAUCUCACCUAUCUGGGGUCCCCCACCUCCAUGUAACAGGCGCUAAGAAUCCCAGCUGGUCGGAGUCAAACCAGUUGGCUAUUUACAAGCACGGUGGAGGACCUGAACUUCAGCCUACCGAGAAAAACCAGCGUGGUGACUUUGGCGGUACAACUGUGCCGUGUUCAAUUUUUUUUUUAAAGUUCCCUCGAGUCUUGAUGUAUGCGUUUCAUAUAUUAAGAAAAGUACGCAAACUGAAAUGUGUCAGUUUCUUUCGUAGUUCGAUAUACGUGUGAAAAGCGCGAGUCGCAUACUCCGGAAAGAAACGUCGUCUCUCUCGGCAGUUUGUGACGCGAGGAGGCGGCUGAAAUUCACUGGCUAAGUUUACAUUAUACCAGAUAGCUUUUCGUGCUGACAUGGCACGGAGAUGAAAAGCUAUCCGGUAUGGUAUGAACACCUAUCCCAUCUGUGACUCUCCACUUUAGAGAUGGGAACGGUGCAGCUUCGCUCGGUCCCAAAAAUCGCGCCGCCACAACAAUUUAAGUGUGUGAACAGAAGCCAGCUAUCCGGUAUGAUUUACGUCGCGGUGCAAACUACUAUCCGGUAUAGUAUGAACACCUAUCCGAUGUGUGACUCUUCACUUUAGAGCUCGGCGCGGGGCAGCUUCGCUCCGUUUCAGAAAUCGCGCAGAAACCACCGUUCGUAUGUGUGAACAGAAGGCCUAUCCGGAAUGGUUUUCGUGCUGGCGGAAAAGCUGUCCAUUAACAGCGGUAAAGUGGGAACGUAGCCUCAGUCUAUUUAUUAUGUACCAAUCAUCUCAUUUCCAAAGCGCGUUCGAGGAAUUAUUAUUCAUUAUAUGUCUCUUGUCGAACUGGAAUUUGAAAAGUUCAGUUCAGUUAAAUGAUUAAAAUCAAAUUAAGGCUUUAUAAUUUGUCAUCUAUCAAUUACGCAGGUUGUCAAGAUUGUCGUGUCCCAAAUGGAAUAGAAGAACAGCUGAAUAAAGUGGAUAAAAACAUAGGCAAACUAUUACAUGAUCAAACUGAAGCGCGUACAGGUAAUACCCUUCAGACAGUCUUACACAAAAUUAUAUACCAUGUUUAGGACAGAGAGGUCAAAAACCAUACCCUGACCAGCGUCACCUCCCUGUACAGGCCAUAUAAAGGAGUACCCCCUGGGUAUCAUUCAUGAGUUGGGUGAUAUUUGACCCCGCCUAUCAUUAUCUCUGUGGCUAUCACACGCUGAAACAAUGCUGACCUUACCUACCUUCCAUUGUAGUUAUGAGCACUAAUCAAGUCCCGUCUUACUGAUUUUGGAGUUGUUUCAAGAACCACGUUGCCUUUCUACGGUUUUUGAAUAGUCCGUAUGGGGCUUUGUGCUAGUACUGCGUUUCAGUAUCAAAGAAUAAUCAUCCCAAUACUUUCACAAUAUUGCCAACCUAUUUUGGGUAUAGGCAUAUAAAAUGACGUCAAUAACGCAGUCCACGAGCGGAAAAAAGGCAAGGUGACCGAAAAGCCUUAUGGGUCGAGGUUGUGUUAACUCAGCUGUUUUGGUAGUGCUGUUGAAAAUGACGGAAAGUUUCACAGGUUUUGCGAAAUUAAAAAGAAAAGCCGAACUACUGCUUGACAUAUUAAAAAACAGCAAAAUACAAAUCUACUGAUGACAACUGCUUUCUGAAGAAUAUCUGCUGAUUAAGGCACGGCAAUCCCGUUUAAUAUUGGUAGCCUCUGUAUCCAGUUAGCGCACACUCCUGAAAGAGAUGUCGUCUCUCUCGGCAGUUUGUGAAUCGAGGAGGGGGCUGAGUUCACACUCUACCGGAUAGCUUUUUGUGCCGACAUGACACUGACGUGAAAAGCUAUCUAAAUAGUGUGAACACCUAUCCGAUAUGUAACUCUCCACUUUUGAGAUCGGCGCGACGCAGCUUCGCUCCGUUACAGAAAUCGCGCCGCCACAACCGUUCUUGUGUGUGAAGGGAAGUCCUAUCCGGAAUGGUUGUCGCGUCGGCUCAUAAGCUAUCCGGUAUCAGCGGUAAAGUGUGAACAUAGUCUCAAGUUAUUCAUUAUGUACCAAUCAUCUCAUUUCCAAGCUGAGGCGCGUUCGAGGAAUAAUUUUUCCUUAUAUUAUAUCUCUUACAGCCUGAAAUUUGAAAAGUCCAGUUCAGUUAAAUAAUUAAAAUCAAAUUAAGGCUUUAUAAUUUGUUAUUUAUCAAUUACGCAGGUUGUCGAGAUGGUCUUCUUCUUGAUAGAAUGAAACAAGAGUUGAACGAGGUGGAGAAAAAUGUUACUGAGAUGGUCGCGAAGAUCAUAGACCAAGUAUUAACAAAUCAAACUGAAGAGCGAAGAUUGCUUGAAAAGAAGAUAGAAAAUCAGACCUCGGAGUUAAAAGGAGAAAUAAGGGCUUCACAAGAAAACCAAACUACUGCAAUAAAAGAUAAGAUCCUGACGCCGCUAAAACUACAAAUAAAGAAUUUAGAAGAUCAAUUUAUACAUUUAGUUGAAGGUAGUGUUAAAGAUUAAAGUUCAUUUUAAGGAGAAAAGAGUUAAAAUUUUAGCCAAACGGAUUACCUCUUUUCGGAAACACCACAUUUGUGUCAAUCUCGUGCAAUAGCCAUUAUCAACAAAGACUGAAAGUUCAGUGCUAGAUCACGACGUUCUGUGAAAGCUUGUGAGUGAAGGAGAGAGCGAGUGCCACUCUCUGUUCUCUCGUUAUGUGAUCGAUUUACUUAAGGUGACUCGACCCAGUUUUUUUGGGGGGGGUACCAUCCUACUUUGGAGCUCUCUGGUGUCCCCACCUUUACUUUUAUCGUAAGUCUAACACAUAGAAUGGAUAACAUAUAGAUCAAUCUACAAUAUAACAUAAAAUUUUUGGCGAUCGGAGUAAAUGUCACGUGGUUAUAAUGCCACGCCCCUUUGAGGUCUGAGUCGAAAAUCUGCUGUUGCCGGCAUUUUUUCGAGAAAAUCUCUCGGCUACACAUAGUGCGCAUUAGUGCCUUGCGCUGAACAGAGUUUCACCAAAAUUGCAAAGACCCAAUUCGAGAAAUUCAGCGGUUUCCAAAUUUAGGUCAUAAUUUAUGCGAAAAUGAUAAGCAAACUUUACAGGGAUUAUAUCUAAUAAACUAUGAGAUUCAUCUCUGUAUUUUGGGCAUCGUUAUAACAGAUGGGUCCUUGCAAGUCAGUAAAACGCUUUAGGGCCUUGUAAAUGCGCGCGAUUUCGAGCAAAGCAAACAUAUAGAAAUUAUAGUUUUCGCUAUUUGUUGACGUUUGUCAGCGUUUAAGAGUCAAUCUCACGAAAAAAGCAUUUUCUUAAAAAUUCUAGUUUUUUUUCCUUCCAAUUUUUUCAGGGCCACAAUUGAUUAACUAACUACCCGGACUCUGAAUUUCAUGGUCAUUGAAAAACUGUGACAUUACCUUCUAUAAGCCCAAACUUGAGUAAACAUUGAAGAUUUUUAGCGUUUUGGCUGAGUUUGUGCUUUGGAAGUUGUCUAUUGUGUCUAGUCUGUCAUUAUACAGCAUUCUUGUUCAGCGCGCGUGCAAUGACCACACUUGGCUGACUUCCGAAUGCUCACCGAGAUAUGAUAAUUUAGUAUAAGAAAAUAGAAGGGAUUCCAGUCACGAGUUGGUUUAAUUAUUGGCUUGCAUUAAACCUAUGAAAAAAUGAUAUUUUUUUAAUAGUAAGUAGAUUUAGUGUGUAGCACUUCUUGAUUUUUUUGCAAAGGCACAAGGAGCACGAGAAUUGAUUAAAAAUUGUUAAACCUCUAUGUAUCACGCGAUGGCCUGUCUCAUUGUACCAAAAUUAUCAUAUCUCGGUGAGCAUUCGGAAGUCAGCCAAGCGUGGUCAUUGCACGCGUGCUGAACAAGAAUGCUGUAUCAUGACAGACUAGAAACAAUAGACAACUCCCAAAGCACAGACUCAGCCAAAACGCUAAAAAUCUUCAAUGUUUACUCAAGUUUGGGCUUAUAGAAGAUAAUUCUACAGUUUUUCAAUGACCAUGAAAUUCAGAGUCCGGGUAGUUAGUUAAUCAAUUGUGGCCCUAAAAAAAUUGAAAGGAAAAAAAACUACGAAUUUUUAAGAAAAUGCUUCUUUCGUGAGAUUGACUCUUAAACGCUGACAAACGUCAACAAAUAGCGAAAACUAUAAUUUCUGUAUGUUUGCUUUGCUCGAAAUCGCGCGCAUUUACAAGGCCCUAAAUUGUUUUGCUGACUUGCAAGGACCCAUCUGUUAUAACGAUGCCCAAAAUAAAGAGAUGAAUCUCAUAGUUUAUUAGAUAUGAUCCGUGUAAAGUUUGCUUAUCAUUUUCGCAUAAAUUAUGACCUAAAUUUGAAAACCACUGAAUUUCUCGAAUUGGGUCUUUGCGAUUUUGGUGAAACUCUGUUCAGCGCAAGGCACUACUGCGCACUAUGUGUAGCCGAGAGAUUUUCUCGAAAAAAUGCCGGCAACAGCAGAUUUUCGACUCAGACCUCAAAGGGGCGUGGCAUUAUAACCACGUGACAUUUACUCCGAUCGCCAAAAAUUUUAUGUCAUAUUGUAGAUUGAUCUAUGUGUUAUUCUAUGUGUUAGACUUACGAUAAAAGUAAAGGUGGGGAUACCAGAGAGCUUCAAAGUAGGAUGGUACCCCCCCCAAAGAAACUGGGUCGAGUCACCUUAAAAAACCAAGGUUUCACGGAAAAGCAAAGUAUGGCGAGAAUUCUACCAAGGUUUAACUUUCGGUAAACUCGUACUGAUAAACGCCUUAAAUUUGCUAUUGUGACACUCUCUUUUUCUCACACGCCAAGCAACCGUUGCGUGUAAAAGAACCUGCACCGUUGAGCACCCAGCUAGCCCUUCCGUAUUUACAGUAUUGGACCAAGGACAAACGUACACCAAUGCAUGUUGGGAAGUAUAGGGGUGUGCUUGACCAAAAAUCAGCUAGCUUAAGCAACGACGAAGGCGACGCCAACGAGAACGGCAGAAAAGCAGUAGGUAUAAAUUGGCAAAACAACAAUUUUGCACGUGCAUCACGCUAUUUUGGUCAACGGUCAAGACACUAGAGUGAUUUUACUUACCCGUGAAACAGAUACUUACAACUAGUGAAUAAUAGCAACAGAUUACUAGCAAAAGAAAAAAAUGGAAUUAGUGCAUAAUAGCGCGCUGUAUUCUACUACCUAUUUUUUACUACUCCCGCAAUCUUUGCACGUGCUUUAUAAUGGAAUAAAAGCAAUGUUACGUGGUAUUUUAGUGAUACGAUUUGGUAAUACGAUUAGUUUGCUUAUUCCCUCCAAACGAAACAACGAUUUUAUUUUUGCAAAAUGUACAGUUCGAGUUUCGACAAGUUUUAUGUCAUUAUUACUUGCUGUGAGCACACCUACGGUCGCUACUGCGAUACAAAAAAGUAAUAAUGAUCACUUCCACCCACAAUUCCCCAUUUUUUGUCGUCCAGAAUAAAGAAACUCGGCCGCGAUUUGUUGUAUUGGUGGAGUAGUUUUCCUCCUGGAAAACCACGUGACAUCGCUUUUAUCCCAUCAGUCCUUAAAAGCGUGCAAAGAUGGUGAGUAUCGCGAAUAAGGUCUAUUCGAGUUACUGACUUGAAGACAUUUUUUUGUUUCAGACCGCUGGAUCAAAGUGAAUAAUUCAAGUCCAAUAUGCUUUGGUGUGAAAGACAACAACGUUGAUUUUCUUGUUCCAUAUGGUGGCAAACUGGCAUCAGUAAAACUGGUCCACCUGAAUGGUGCUGUGACAUGCGAUAACACCCAUUGGUCCUUUUGGGGUUGCGGAGGAAAACUUGGAGAUGUAAACGUUGAAAUAAAAAACGUGUCUGGUACCACUAUUUUAAGCUUAAGAGAGUUCUCCACUGGUGGGGAGCUAGGGGUGUCUUCGCAGAAUACUGGUUAUAACUCGUCUUCUCCAGAGCUGGUGCUGUCGGCAUGCUCCAAUCCUCAAUCCGUGACUGCAGGACAGAAGCUACGCUUAACGUACGGCCAAAAGCUGCAGCGAAUCACUAGAGGGAGGUCGUGCUGCGAUGUUUAUGUUCGCUUGAUGUCGUAA